AUCAUUCCGAAUCGUUAAGUGACUAUUUUAUGACGCGAAAAAAAUGUAUAAGUAUUUCGUACCAAUAGCAUUUGUAAAAUGAAUAAAAAGCGCAAAAUAAAAGAUGUUAAGGAGGAAGAAUGUCCGAACACAUUUACAACGCCUGGGAAGUGUUUGGACGAAAUACGUUUAAUAUUUGAUGAUCAACAGGAACUGUAUGUUUCACAAAACUUUCUUAUACUAUCUUCACCAGCUUUUGAUGCCAUGUUUAAGAAUGAUUUCAAAGAAAAGCAGCAAUCAGCAGUCGCCUUGACAGGAAAGAACUAUUCAGACUUUCAUGAAUUUUUGAUGUGUAUUCAUCCUGGGACAUUAAAGCCAGUUACAGAAGCCAAUGUACUGCGCAUUGUACCUAUAGCGGAGGAAUAUCAAGUUGACUCUAUCAUCCAAAGUUGUAAAUUGGUUAUGAAAAACUGGCUUGAGAAAGAAUAUGUAUCUGCUAAAAAAAAUAUGAUGGUUAUUUUAAUAUUUGUGGUCCUUAUAAUCACGUAGUGCCAACACGACAAUGUUUAAGUAUUCUUACGACGUCUUUGGCACUGAAUUACAAAUCACUUGUAGACAACGCUGUGGACAUUAUCGCCAAACUGCCACAUAGAAUAUAUUAUGGUUCGUUUAAACCUGACACUCGCGAUGCCUACCAUCUCUCACAAAAACGAGAAGUAAACGGAAAACAGCUUACUGUCCGUGAAAUAAUUGAUGAAUGUACAACAGUAUUCAAGACCCUUCCUGCUGAGCUUAGAUGUACAAUUUUAAGCAAAAGACUGGCUCUGGAUGAAGACAAUGACGUCAAGUAACCACCUGAUACAAGUGAUCAGGGCAGGAAAAUAACUUUAUAUGACAAAAUGCUUUUUAUAGGUGUUAUUUUUCUACACAGAAGGCAGCAUUCAAUUUGAUCAAAUAUCAAUAAUCUAAAUCUUUUU